AUGAAAGUUGCAGGGUGGAUCUCGGCCACAUUCCUCGCCUCGACGGUGUUAUCGAUAGAGACGCUCCCAUUUUCCGCUCCCCAGAUAGCCGAGACCAGCAAGCGAGCAUACGAUGUCCUGCGGAUCCUGAAACGGGCCGACAACAAUUGUCUGGCCGGGUACAAUCCAUGUUCGAACCUGGGGCAUUCCGAGGUGUGCUGCGCAAGCGAUACGAAAUGCUCCCGAGACGCCGCCGACAACAUCGCCUGCUGUCCGACCGGUGCCAGCUGCACCGGUAGUCUCUCAGGCGACUCGACCAGCUUCCAGUUCCCCCAGACUGGUUCGGCCACCGCCUCGACCACCGGGCCCAACCAGGCCACGAUCACUGGGUCGACGCUGCCGGGCGCGUACCCGUUUGUCCUGGUCCCGACCACCUUCCCGAACGCCGGCGUCUGUUCGUCGUAUUAUUCUCUGUGCGAGAGCGAGUACACGCAGUGUCUCACCCAUCUGGGGGCAGGAUAUGGCGUCACGGUCGCCGGCGGCGGCGGCGGAGUGACGAGGGCUGCGACGCCGGCGGCCGUGUCCACCUGUUCGAGUCUGAGUCUGCAGGCCUGCCAUGGCCUCAACCUGGGGUACUGCGGGACGUACGCUACCGGCCAAGGUGAUGCGAACCAAGCCGGGCCCGGUCGUCCUACGAGUCUACAGGAUUUGGUGUUCGGUAUGGCGGUUGGAGUGGCAGGAAUGUUUAUUUGA